AUGGCAAAUCUUAGCCUAUUUGAGGAAUUUAGGCCGAGCCCGAUGCUGCAUGUUGAAGACGUCGAGAUGCUCUUCCUGUACGUACCAGAUAAGCAUGGGAUGAGUGCCGGUGGACUCAAUACCGACGGAGAGAGGUCAUUCCAGGUUAGAGACCAAAUCAAAGUCCGUGGUUACAACCCAGAUGAUACUAAGGGGUUAUCUUGA